UGUUCUUCUUGCAAAAUCCAAAGCGCUGCCAAAGAGACAAUUUUUGCCAAAUGUUGUCCGGAUACGGACUGAAUCUGUGUCUGUAACUGUCGCAAUAAAGAAUGUAUCCAUCAAAAGCGAAUGGAGCAACAUCAACUCAUGCUGAAAUGGGUAAAUGCCGCAUUUGCUAUCGGGACUUGCUGGCUGAUGAGGAUGCCAAAGAUCUCUACGAUCAGAGGAACAAUUCCUUGUUGUACCACAUAGAGGCGAUAACUGGAGUCUGGCAGAUAAGCGAACGGCAGGGCGCUCCUCGGCACAUGUGCCCACAAUGCGAGAAAACCUUGCAGAAAGCCAUUGAGUUUCGAGGGAUGUGCAUAGAAACUGAAUUCAAGCUCACCCGAGCCAGCAAAGGACUCACAGAGUGUGAUUUCGGGAAUACCAAUGUAGAAACUGAGGAAAUCAAAACUGAAUUGGAGAAUGUUCUAUACGAAGGCCUUUCAGAGUCGGAGCUAAUAGAAGAUAUUGGACCAGCAGGCGAUGGUCCGCUCCUCAACGAAACCAAAGUUCCUGCACUUCACUCAGAACAAAAGAUCCAAACGCCAAGGAAAAAACAUUCCAAAAUGACCAAAGAGCAGAUGAAUCUUAAGCGUCGCGAACGGUUGCGAUCCAAGCCCCUAAGCUAUGUCUGCGAACAGUGUGGACACGCUUUUCGGAUGUCUUGCCACCUACAGAUUCACAUGCUUCGACACAGCCGCGCCAAGAACUUUGAGUGCCCGGAAUGCUUGAAGAAGUUCUACACCUCGCACUUGCGGGACAGUCACCUACGCGUUCGUCACCACGGAGAGCGCCCGUACCCAUGUAAAUACUGCAGCGAAACGUUUUCCAACUGCAAUGUGCGUCAGAGGCACGAACGGGAGAUUCAUGGAGCACCUCCUCGCAUUGUCAUGAGUCGCAGCAGCAGCAGCAGCAAAAAUCAGAAGGCUCAAGCGGACAAUUGUAAGCGUCACUUUUGCCAUUUAUGCACUAAAAGUUAUGCCUCAAAGUAUUCGCUCAGUUGGCACAUGAACUCGCACACUGGGGUCAGGAACCUCAAGUGCAAAUCGUGCGACAUGAUGUUCCCCGAUCCUGUUUCGGUGAAGCGGCACGAGCGGUACCAUGAGCAGCGGCCCUUGCAAUGCGAUGUCUGUCUGAAGGGCUUCUUCGUACUCAGCAAGCUCAAUGAGCACAAACUCAUACACACUGGUGAUCGUCCAUUUAGGUGAGACAAUGCA